AUGAGUUCCACAGACCUUCGCGACGUGCUCAACCUGCCAGAUGGUACGGCUGCGUCCCGCCCGGCCAAGAAGCAAAAAUUCUCGGCUUCGAGACCCAACCUCAAGGGCCUGGCGCGAGAAGUACACAAUCUCGGCGGCGACAACCCAAUCGCCAUCGUCCCCGAAGUCACGCAGUUCAAGAAGAGGCGCCUGGCGAACCGCAAACCUGCCGCACGAUGGGAGCUGCGCGAGUUUCGCAACUCGGCCCGAGACGACGCGAGCUUGAUUCUGCGGCACUGGAGGCGCAAGGAUACGAAGCAGGAGCCGGACGCAACAAUGACGGCCACGACAGACGAGCAGGGCGCGGCGACGGUUGAUGCUGCGCCAGCGGAUGGGUUGGAAGACUCGGCAUUUGCCAAAUAUAACGUGCGCGUAUCUGUGCCGCAGUACAGUGACGAUCAAUACCUUCAAAAUCUACAAAACGACGACUGGAGCCGCGAGGAGACCGACUACUUGAUAGGGCUGGCCCGCGACUUUGACCUCCGGUGGCCGCUUAUCUGGGAUCGGUACGAAUGGAGUCCUCCAGCGAUGAAUGGCGAGGAGGGCGCAGACGGCGACGAGAGCAAAGCGGUGGUGCCGACGGCGCGCGCUCGCGCGCUGGAGGACCUCAAGGCGCGGUACUACGAAGUUGCGGCCAAGAUGAUGGCGGUCAACAAGCCGGUGCAAUACAUGACGCAGCCAGAGUAUGCCCUGCACGAGCUCAUGACGCACUACAACCCCCAGCAAGAAAAGGCGCGCAAGGAAUUUGCCAUCAACUCGCUAUUACGUUCGCGCGAAGAGGCUCGCGAGGAGGAGUCUCUUCUGAUGGAGAUUAAGCGAAUCUUGGCUCGAAGCGAAAAGUUCAACGAAGAACGCAGGGAGCUCUACAACAGGCUUGAUUACCCCCAUGCCGAGACUGACAUUAGUACGUUCAAGUCGUCGGCUGGCCUGCAGACACUGCUGCAAAACCUUAUGAGCGUCGACAAGUCCAAGAAGCGCAAGUCCAUCAUGGGCGCAGAAGGUGUCAGCCCUGCGCAAGGAACGCCUCAAGCUGCCGCCCAAGAAUCAACAGGCAAAAAGGAGGCUGCCUCUGCUGCUGCUGCCACCAACAACAACCGCGAAUCGAGCGGGCCCGUGUCAACACCUACCGCUGCGGGCAAGAAGACGCCACAGCAGGCGCACGAGCGCCGGAAGCUGUCGGACCAGGAAGAAGCCAUCUACGGUGUCUCGCACCACGACCGGUUGGGGUCCGGGCCUACGUUCCGCACGGAAAAGAUCAACAAGCUCUUCUCACACAAGUCCAACCAGCAGCAGCUGCGCAUCACCAACACGCUCAACGAGCUCGACGUGCCCAACAAGCUGGCCAUGCCCACCACGGCCACUACGCAGCAGUUCGAGGCGUUGCUGGCCGCCGUCAACGGCCUGUUGGAUGCUCGCAAGGUGUCGGACAAGCUUGAGGCUGAAAUCAAGAUUGAAGAGGCCAAGAAGGCGGAGCGAGAAAAGGCCCUCGGUGGACCCGACGACGCGGCGGCCGAGGAAGAUGCGACGGCCGCCGCCGCUGCUGCUGAAGGAGAGGAUGCGGACAAGAAGAUGGAGGAAAAGGCGGAGGCAGACGCAGAUGCCAGCAAGGUCGACGACGACAACGACGACGAUGGCGACGCCACUGCUGCUGCCACGAUAGAAGAGCAGGAGGCGGAGGCGGCCAAGGCAGAGGAUGCAGCGGAAGAAGCCGAGGACGACAAGCCAGCAGGAACGGAAAAGCCGUCGCGGCUGGGCAGCACAGGUCCUUUGUCACAUAAACGAAGCGCCAGUGUGCUCAGUACGACGAGUGACAAGAGCUCCAAGCGGCAGAAGAAAUAA